CCGUGGAUACCCGAAACCCGAACGGGUAUGGGCAUGAUUUUAUUUUUGUACCCGUUUCACAUGUAGGUAUGAGUAUGGGUAAAACCCAAACUACUUUGGGUAGAGUAACGAAUAUGCACUAUCCGUCCCCGACCCAACUCAUUCCCAUCCCUAUUUCGCCGCUUGUAUUUUGGUUUUUGGACGACGUUUGUUUUGUUUGGGAAUUCUGAAAGGUCGCCAUUUGGUCCAAAUGCCAAACAAAAAAGAUCUCAUAUUACACGAUAAUAUAUAAAAUACGUGCCGUAUGGUUUCUUCUGUUACAUGAUUGGCGCUGCCAGCUUAGCUGCAUGGAAACGUGUCAAAGUUUGCCACAACCCAAAACAACAUUAGAUCUAGAAGCAUGCAUUUUGGCAAAAAUAUCGACAUUCCCACUUCCGUUCCCCUUUCAAACUGUUCUUCCUAGCGCCGGUCGUCUUCUCCUUUUUCUCCCCUACGACUAGGGAUGACAAUGGAUCGGGGACGGAUAGUGCAUAUCUGUUACCCUACCCAAAGUAGUUCGGGUUUUACCCAUACCCAUAUCCACAUAUGAAACAGAUAGAAAAUUAAAAUCAUCCCCGUACCCGUUCGGGUUUCGGGUAUCCACGGUUAUCCAUAGGUAAUGAUUUCUCUUCAUAACUCCAACUAAUAUAUUAACAUUCACACGUAUUCUCACAUUACGCAAGAGGAAAAAUAUAACAAUAAAUCACUAGAAUGAAAAAAAUUAAUUAAAACAACAAAAUUUCAUGAAAAUAUUAUAUUUAUAUGCUAAAUAUAAAAUAUGUUAGAGAAAAAUAAUGACUAUUUCUAGACAAAAUACAUAUGUAUGUGUAUAAUCGGGCGGGUUCGGGUUGGAUACUGAGAAACCCAUGCCCACCCAUUACCCGCAAUAUUCGGGUUCGGGUUUUACCCGUACCCACUAAAUGUCCUUCAGGUUCGGGUUUUACCCUACCCGAUUAGACCGGAUUCGGACGGAUAUCCACGGUUACAGAUAUUUUUGCCAUCCCUACUACGACUUGUCCAUUCAAAUUGGGCUUAUUUCGAAGGUUUGCAGACGGGCACAGCGAACAAGAGGCCCACUACUGAGGCCCAAAUCCAGAGGCGAAAAUUAUUAGAGCCCAUGUGUAGUUAAAUGCCAAGAGGCACGUGACAUACUGCAGGUCCCGUUCGUUUCCCGCUCGUCACGGCACGUGAUACAGUGACCGAACGCAGUCGUUGUAGACUAAAGUGAAAUUAUCAGCCAGCCCAGACUGCCAGAGACCGCUUGAUUUGGCGGGGCCCACGCCUUUCCUCCUGGGACCGAAGAGUGAAUUUUCCGUCACGGCUGUCAUUCAAUCAAAACCCUAAUAAUUUCAAUUAUUCUCCUUAUUCUUCGACCUCACCGCCAACCACCACCACUACCGCCAAUUCGAUUAGCCAGCAACCGCCGCCUUCUUCCACUUCCCGUUCCCGAUUCAGAUCCCAACCGAUUCCGCGGCCGGUUUCCCCAACUUCACGAAGAGCUUCCAGCACGCGCGGCAAUGGCGGAGGGCAGGAAUAAUGGAGAGCGCAGGGAGAUGAGCGACUACUCGUCGUCGGAGGAUGAGGGGACUGAGGAUUACAGGAGAGGUGGCUACCACGCUGUGCUUAUCGGCGACACAUUCAAGAACGGCCGUUACGUGGUGCAGAGCAAGCUCGGCUGGGGACAUUUCUCCACCGUUUGGCUCGCUUGGGACACUCAGGGAUCUCGUUAUGUAGCUUUGAAAGUUCAAAAGAGCGCUCAACACUACACCGAGGCAGCCAUGGACGAGGUAAAGCUCCUGAAGCAGAUUGCCGAGGGGGAUCCCGAAGAUAAGUACUAUGUCGUCAAGCUUUUGGACCACUUCAAGCAUUCGGGGCCGAAUGGACAGCAUGUAUGUAUGGUCUUUGAGUAUUUGGGGGAUAACUUGUUGACCCUAAUUAAGUUCAGUGAUUACCGUGGCGUUCCUCUGAGUAUGGUGAAAGAAUUGUGCUAUCACAUUUUGGUGGGAUUGGAUUACUUGCAUCGGAAGCUGUCCAUCAUUCACACUGAUUUGAAGCCGGAGAAUGUCCUGCUCUGUUCGACGAUUGACCCGUGUAAAGAUCCUAGGAAGUCGGGUGCCCCUUUGGUACUCCCAAGGAGCAAGAGUAAAAUUGUAGAAGAACCUGUGUCUUCGAAAGAUGGUAGUAAGAGUUUGAAUUCGUGUUUAACGAAGAAUCAGAAGAAGAAGAUACGGAAAAAGGCUAAGAAGGCGACCACUAAGGAUUGUGUAGGUGGAGAGGAAGACGUGGAAGAAGAAACCGAGAAGCAAGUUGGGAGCUCCGAUGAAAAGGAGAAGGAUGCUUCUGAUACAAAGAAACAGGAUCAUAAUAGGAGAAGCCCUUCUGUCAGGAAGAAGCUAUUGGCAACUGCUGAUCCAAAGUGCAAGUUGGUUGAUUUUGGGAAUGCAUGUUGGACGCACAAGCAAUUCACGAGUGACAUCCAGACAAGACAGUAUAGAUGCCCUGAGGUCAUCCUUGGAGCUAAAUACUCUACUCCGGCAGAUCUAUGGUCGUUUGCUUGUAUUUGCUUCGAGCUGGCUACUGGAGAUGUCCUUUUUGAUCCUCAUAGUGGUGACAACUAUGACAGGGAUGAGGAUCAUCUGGCAUUGAUGAUGGAGCUUAUUGGUGUUAUUCCACGAAAGAUAGCUUUGGGUGGCAAAUACUCGAAGGAUUUCUUCAACAGAUAUGGAGAUCUGAGGCACAUCAGAAAGUUGCGGUUCUGGCCUCUCGACAAAGUGCUUGUAGAGAAGUAUGGUUUCGGUGAGCAGGAUGCACAAGAAUUGUCCGACUUCUUAGUGCCCUUGCUUCAGUAUGCACCAGAAAAGAGGUCUACUGCAGCUCAGUGCCUUAGUCAUCCAUGGAUUACUUCAGGCCCUCGUUUCGUCAAGCCUUCUCCUCCGGCUCUUCAGUGGCCGGGAGCCAGUGGAAGUAAGUUGGACAUUGAGGAAGAUAAGGGCGAGAGGGAAGCCAUGGCUGAUGGGGUAGAGAAGAUAGCAAUCAAUGGGACUUCAAAAGCCUCUCCACAACCCCAGAACGAAACCGUCCAGAAGAUUUGAUAGUGCCAAGAAUUAGAGAUUAUUUCCCCGUUUCCCCACAGCUCCAUUUUUGCAGCUCCAUUUUGGACUUAUUGCGAUUGCAGUUGGGUUUGUAUCAUUAUUCUCAAUAGAUGUUAGCAUGGGAGACGUCUGUUGAACGUUUC